AAGGUUCUCAAUAUAAGGUUAUUUCUAUAAGUAAACGGCGUCGAUUAGUAAUUAUGUGUUAUCAAAUGUACAUAAAUGAUAAAACCACUGGAAAGAUAUCGCUGGUUUUUACAACAUAAAUUUAUCUUGUCGCGUUUAUACAUUUCACGAGCAGCGUAGUCUAAGUACCCGCUAUGUGGUAAACAAGCGCAAUAAUUUAAAAGUGUAAUGAAAACUGAAAAGUGUGAAUAUUCACGAGUGUAAGUGAUAAUAAAAAAAUGAUUGAUCAUCAGUUUGCCAUAACUUGCUAAUGCGGAUAAACCUUUAAAUUCUAUUUUCAUUAUACCUAAAAUAUAUAUAAGUUUAUUUCCAGUUACAAUGUCCAGUGAUAAGUGCAUCCUGUUUUAAUCAACAGUUCUGCGCUACAUCCUCUUUUGUGCUGCAUCAGGUUUUUUUCAGUUUUUUCGGUUACAAGUUAUUAUGAAGUGCGGUUUACUAAUUUUUAUGCUUAUCAGUACUUGCCAGUGCCAAAUUGGUGGAUUAUCGCAAUAUCGUAAGGACAGUGCGUCUGGUAGUUCAAAUUGUAUACUAGAAUUAAGAAAAGAAGAUGUAUCUGUGACCAAAGAAAAUGACGUAGUAUCAGUAACAUGGAAAAAUGCACCUAAUUUUGAUCAUUGCAACAUUACACUUCAUUUGGACAUAUUUGAUACUACUGGCCAACUAUAUUCAGCAAACACGUCUUUUCCCUCACACGACAUUAUAUUUCCAUUUAUUGGGUGUAAAGUUUACAACUUGUCGCUUGUGGCUACUAUGAACGUUUCAAGCGUCGUUCGAGUAACGUUCCCAAUUGCGUUUACUAAAGAGCCCUCCCCACCUACCUGUAAGACGGCGGAAAUAGGCACCUCAUUCGCAGUUUUGGAAUGUGCGCUGAAUGAUGAAGAAAGUCAGUGCGAUCUUUCAGAACUGAUAAUCGAUUGCAAAACUGAAAGUGGGCAAGAAAUGAGAAAAAUUGUGAAUGCAGAUCUCAUUAGUGUGAGAAUCGAAAAUAUGACCGCGUGCACCAAUUACACUUGUGUCGCAAUUGUUAAAGGUAGCGAUGGCCAGUUAUCGCAUCCCAGCACUUCCAUACCCAUAGAGACAAAGGAAGGAGUACCAGACCCACCAACACUCCACAAUGUGUCUUCCAUUACAAAUACAUCGUUUGUUAUUAAGUGGGCGGCACCUACGAAUAUCAACGGUGUAUUAACACGGUACCGCAUAACCGUGGCCCCAAAAAAUGCACGUUAUUACAUUCCCCAAAAUUGUUCCUUCGACGAUCGUAUUCCUCAAGAAUACGAAGCUGAUCCUGAUAUUAGCAGUCUUACUGUCGCUGAUGCGCUUUCCUACUAUGAAUAUGAGGUGUUUGUUGAAGCGAAGACAUUUGCAUAUGGACCACGAAGUGAAGUGAAACGAGUGUUAACCACUGGAGGAAUACCCGGUGAACCGCAAGAUGUUGUCUUUGAUCUGAUAGACGACAAGAGAGUUGCCAUAAGGUGGAGGUAUCCAUGUCCGGCAAAUGCAGCAAUUGACCACUUUCAUAUUCAGCUUUUUGGAGAUCCUCAGGCCGACUACCAGGUGCCGCAAACCAAUUCUACCCAUGGGACUCUUGCGACGAAUACAUCAAGCUACCAUUUUAUCUUUAUUAACUUACAACCGGCGUUUAAUUAUACCAUCGCCUUGAAAUCUGUAAGCGUAUCGGAUAAUUUAGAGAGUGCUACAGUUGUGGGUAACUUCCAAACGCCCGAGCAUAUUCCAGAAUCUCCCACAAUAAAAACCGUGACGAAAGUAACCGCAAGAGCGUUUACCAUAGAAUGGGAGGAACCAGUUAGAAAAAAUGGCAAAAUUGUCGGGUAUUACCUUCACAUAUUGAACAACGGUCCGAACCAUCUGAUCCCUACACUGUGCGCCAAGGAUACAAACGCUUACGAAUACUUCGUCGGUCCGAGCAUUUUAUCUUACAGGUUCGAAAAAGGCACGCCCAAUUACAAUUACACGAUCGCAAUACAGGCCGCUACAAAAGCAAAAAAUGGCACAUUGAGCGACCCGUAUAAUGUCGUUACGAGUGACUCAGAAUCAGAAGAGGUACGGGACAUAAAGAUUGUAUUCAUUAACAAGCAACAGGAGUACUACAACGGCCAUAUUAACAUUAAUUUCCAAGUUCCUUGCAACACGAACGGUCAUUUUGAACGAAUAACUGUAAUACUGAUUGGCAAUCGAGCCGACAAAGAAACCCACAAAGUUACACAAAGCAUAGACUCGCUGAUUCCCGAGUAUAAUUUUUUAAUAAACGUGCAGGCCGAAUACCACUACGAGUUAACUGUGCAGGUGGUUACCACAAACUUUAUCACACCUACUGUACAAUAUUUUACGAGCCCAUCGGGUGUGCCACCGCUUGGAGUGUACCUUCUGCAAAAGCCAACUCAAGUAACUCCAACGCUGGCCAAAGUAAACAUAUCAAAGCAGCUGUUCGAUGACAUAGCGGGUGAUGUGGUAUAUUAUUCUGUUAUAAUCGGGCAGCCACCUCACGAGGAAGAACCGAAAUAUGGAUUUUGGAAAGGGGACAGUACAACGUGGCCAGAAAUACUCGCCGUUAAUGCGUUUGAGCUAACACCUAAGUUUUGGAAUCCGUUCUUAAAUGGCAGCAAGUCAGUGUACACCUGUGUAAUAGGCGAAGAGGACCAGUAUGCAUUGCACACAAAUGUAUUAUAUGCGUUAAAAGUUAGAGGGUUUACGAAGGAUGGCUACAGAGAUACUGGUAGUGUCACAUUCCAACUAACAGAUUACAACUCAACUGCACUCAUAUUAGGCUCAAUCUUUGGCGUACUCGGUAGUGCAAUGUUAUUAGUAAGCGUUUGUAUAUUAUGGAGGAAGAGAAGGAAAUGGGCCAUGGCAAAAGAAUCGGUGAAGUCAAUACCAUUGUCACCAAUUCCGAUAUCGAUUAAAGGAUUCCCACAGUAUUACAGUGAACUGAACGGUGAUGCGGAGAAAUUAAAGCACGAAUACAUGCUGCUUACAAGUAAAAGCAAUGAAAUAACGUUGAGCAACUCUGUUGGUGUAAUGGCACAAAACAAAAAGAGAAAUCGAUACACGAACGUUAUCGCCUAUGAUCACUCGCGAGUCAUUUUAAAGGAAGUUGACGAUUCUGGUACGGACUAUAUCAAUGCUUCUUACAUACAGGGCUUUACUGGUAAUGUUGAGUACAUUGCUACACAAGGGCCAUUAGAGCAGACUGUGAUUGACUUCUGGAAAAUGGUGAUUCAGGAGAAUGUGUCUUUGAUCGUAAUGGUAGCUCAAUUUGUUGAACAAAACAAAGAUAAAUGUUAUAAAUACUUCCCUAAUAACCACGAGAAUAUGGAGUUGGCAAACGGCUUUACAAUACGCUGCUGCACCGAAUUGAAUUUUAACACUUACAUCGUUCGAACUAUAACAAUUCAAAAUGAGAUAAAGCAAUGGACGAUCACACACCUUCAGUUUACAGACUGGCCCGAUUUUGGGUGUCCCAACGGAACCGAAAUCAUGCUGGAGUUCUGUCAGUUAAUGAGGGAAUACGCCGAAAAAACGUCCGCGCCGAUAGUACUGCAUUGCAGUGCAGGGGUUGGUAGGACGGGUACUCUAAUAGCUUUAGAUAUACUAUUACAAGCUAUACAUGAUAAUAAAGAUAUUGAUAUUUUCAAUACAGUUUUAAAUUUGCGAAGGGAUAGGAAAAAUAUGGUUCAAACUGAGAAGCAAUAUUUGUACAUACAUAGCUGUAUAAAUGAUGCGAUUGAAAAUCCGCUACCUGUUAGUAAUG